AUGCUCACAUUCCUUGGAAAGGACUUCGUUCUUCAGGAAGUCACCAAAGCCGAUCUGGCCUUCCUCUUCUACUUCUGGAUUUUGACAUGUUGGGCAUUACAAGUUCAAUUUCUUCUCCAAAUCAUCAUAAAUCGAAUUGCUCUUCUUCUUCCGGAUCACCGGAAAGCCAAUCGAAUCAAGUUCGCCGUCGCUCUCUUUAUCACCGCAAUCAAUAUCUCGGUCUAUUGCAUUUGGAUUCCUGCACGCCUUCAAAUAUCUCCCCGUUUUGAGAGGAUUAACAACAUCUGGGACCGUUGCGAAAAAGUUAUAUAUCUUGUCAUCGACGCGGCUCUAAAUUUCUACUUUAUUUUCGUCAUUCAAAAGAGGCUCGUGUCACUUGGGCUCAAGAAAUAUGACCGUUUGGUGAGGUUCAACAAAUACAUCAUUGCUUUAUCGUUGAGUAUGGAUGUUCUUAUCAUCAGUAUGAUGAGUUUAAAUAACAGUUUCGUAUAUAUGCAAUUCCACCCAGUUGCUUAUAUUAUAAAAUUGAACAUCGAGAUGGCCAUGGCAGAUCUCAUUGUAGAAGUUUACAAUAACGCUCACUCCCACGCUGGAUCGGCCGUUGCCUCUACCACCCGCCCAAGGACUCCCGAGAUCUCCAAAUCAUCAAUAUAUACGAAGGAUAGUCCACAGGGGGCCUCUACACGCGCAUUCAACUUCCAACGGCCAGUAUUCAACAAACCAUCAACCCCGAUAUUUGGAAAACGAGCCAGCGCACAGUCCGACUCCUCGGGCAUUUCUAGAAGAAAAGGCAGUGUUUCCUCCUCAAUUGAGCUCUACGCGCCGAAAGGAAAUGGAAUUCAGGCUGUGAAUUCGGGGAUUGGGGAGAGGAUGGAGGUUAAUAUGAAGCAGGAGGUGCAUGUCUUCGUAGAAGAUUUGGAGCAAGGCGAGGCUAGCCAUCGAACUAGAAGUAUCAGGAGUGAGGUGGGCGAUGAGGGAACGUUACUCGGUGACAGGAUCGAGAGAGAUGGUGGGGUAGAGCAGUCGGAGGUCAUGAAUCAUGUUGGGCUGAAGCAGGGAAUGGGUGUGCAUACGACUGUUUGGGCUCCUAGGUAG